AUGACGACCCGCCGUCCCCGCCUAAUCGAUACGUUCCCAUCCACACCUCGGACGCAACCAAUGGAAGUCCUAGUCCUCUCCCCUGCCCGCACCGGCACCACCAGCAUAGAAGCAGCCCUCGGCAUCCUUGGCUUCAAGGUCUACCGCGGCAUGAAACACGCCUACCUCGAAGCCGCCCGUGGCAAAGGACCCAACACCUACCCCCUCUGGUCCGAAGCACUCGACGCCGCUUAUCAACCUUCGAACAACACCAGCAAUACACUUGCGCCCUACUCCCCAACCGACCUCGAGAAAAUUCUCUCGCCCUACACCGCCGCCUCCGGCUGGCCUUUGAGCCUCUUUCCCCAACUCGCGCUGGAAGCUUACCCCACCGCCAAAGUCAUCCUCAUGUCCCGCCCACCCACCUCCUUCUCAGCAAGCAUGACCCGCGCCCUCUCCCCGCGCCUGACCUGGUGGUCCUGGAACUGGAUCUUGCCACUCGAGGGCGGCCUCAUUCGUGACUGCAUUCGCUGUGGACAACGCUGUCUCAAUGCCUUCUCUGGCGGCAAGCCGUGGGAUCGUGCGGUUUUGGAGGAGAAGUAUGCUGCGCAUAACGAGAGUGUGACGUCGCUGUGCAAAGCCCAACCGGGUCGGGAGUUGCUGGUCUUUGAAGCGACGCAGGCAUGGGGACCACUAUGUGAGUUUCUUGGUGUGGAUGUGCCGAAGGAUACGCCGUGGCCGAGGGAGGCCGUUGGGGGCGCAUUCGAGAAACAGGGGAGGAUGUUUUGGAUGAUGGCGCUCGCGAAGGUGAUUGUCAAAGUUGGAGCGGUAGCUGCUGUGGUUGGAGCGGGUGUCUGGGCUUGGCGGAAUGGUUAUAUACCUGUGCAUUUGGGUUAA